GUCGCUGCAUGAAACAGAUCGUGUUCUACGAGGGGAAAUGUUUCACGGGGAAGAAACUGGAGAUCUUUGGGGACUGCGAUAACUUCCAGGACCGCGGCUUCAUGAACAGGGUCAACUCCAUCCGCGUGGAGAGCGGGGCCUUCGUCUGCUUUGACCACCCGGACUUCAAGGGUCAGCAGUACAUCCUGGAGCACGGCGAGUAUCCCGAGUUCCAGCGCUGGAAUGCCCACAACGACCACAUGGGCUCCUGCAGACCAAUCAGGAUGCACGGCGAGCACUACAAGAUAGAGCUGUUCGAGGGGGAGAAGUUCACCGGCGAGUGUGUGGAGCUGUGCGAGGACUGUCCGUCCCUGCAGGGGCGCGGCCUGACCAAGAACUGCGUCAACUCCAUCAAGGUCUACGGAGACGGAGCCUGGGUGCUGUAUGAAGAGCCCAACUUCCGUGGCCGCAUGUACGUGGUGGAGCGCGGAAACCACAGCAGCUUCAUGGAGUGGCAGGCGCAGACUCCGAACAUCCAGUCUGUUCGCAGGGUGGCCAACUACUUCUAGACUCCACUUCUGAA